AUGAAAGAUACUGUUGUUGAUAUUGCCCCAAAGAAAAUCAAGGGGAUCAGUUUCUCUGCCUUGAGCGCUGCAGAUAUAGUUGCUCAAUCUGAAGUUGAAAUAUCCACUAGAGAUCUUUUCGAUCUUGAUAAUGGUAGAUCUGCUAAAGAAGGUGGUGCAUUAGAUGCCAAAAUGGGUGUUUCUUCCUCUCAAGCGGAGUGUAAUACUUGUCAUGGUAACCUAGCAUCAUGCCAUGGUCAUUUUGGUCACAUCAAAUUAGCCUUACCGGUGUUUCAUGUAGGGUACUUCAAGGCCACAAUUCAGAUUUUGCAGAGUGUCUGUAAAGGUUGUGGUGCGUUGUUACUUUCAGAAGAGGACAAACGUAAGCACCUCUCCGAACUUCGUCGUCCAGGGAUGGAUAAUUUAAGAAGAAUGAAUAUUUUGAAGAAGAUUUUGGACCAAUGUAAGAAACAGAGGCGUUGUUUCCGUUGCGGUGACUUGAAUGGUGUGGUUAAGAAAGCUGCAGCAGGUUCUGGUUCGGCAGCAUUGAAAAUCAUUCACGACACUUUCCGUUGGGUGGGAAAGAAGUCUGCCCCAGAAAAAGAUAGAUGGGUUGGUGAAUGGAAACAAGUGAUUGAGAACAACCCUGAAUUAGAACGUUAUGUAAAGAGGUGUAUGGAUGAUUUAAACCCUUUGAAGGUAUUAAACCUUUUCAAACAAAUUACGCCUGACGAUUGUGAAUUGCUAGGUAUAGAUUCGACUACAAAAUCCGGCAGACCUGAAACUUAUAUUUGGAGAUAUUUACCAGCACCACCUGUUUGUAUUCGUCCCUCUGUUAUGAUGCAAGAUUCUCCAGCAUCCAACGAAGAUGAUUUGACAGUUAAAUUGACAGAAAUUGUAUGGACAUCCUCCUUAAUUAAAGCUGGUUUGGAAAAAGGUAUUUCAAUUAAUAAUAUGAUGGAACAAUGGGACUAUUUACAGCUGGCAGUAGCUAUGUAUAUCAACUCGGAUUCUGUCAAUCCAUCGAUGCUUCCAGGCUCCUCUGGAACUAAAUCGAAACCAAUUAGAGGUUUUUGUCAGAGAUUAAAAGGUAAACAAGGUAGAUUCAGAGGUAACCUAUCAGGUAAGCGUGUUGACUUUUCUGGUAGAACAGUUAUUUCUCCUGAUCCAAAUUUAUCUGUGGAAGAAGUUGCUGUGCCUGAUAGGGUUGCCAAAAUUUUAACCUACCCUGAGAAAGUCACUCGUUAUAAUAAACACAAACUUCAACAGUUGGUGAUCAAUGGUCCACAAUUACAUCCUGGUGCAAACUAUUUAUUAAAGAAAAAUGAAGAUGCCAGACGUAACCUACGUUAUGGUGACAGAGUAAAGUUAGCUAAACAGCUUCAAUACGGUGAUGUUGUUGAAAGACACAUCGAAGAUGGUGAUGUUGUUCUAUUUAAUAGACAACCGUCCUUGCAUAGAUUAUCCAUCUUAUCACAUUACGCUAAAAUUCGUCCAUGGAGAACUUUCAGACUAAACGAAUGUGUGUGUACACCAUACAAUGCGGAUUUUGAUGGUGAUGAAAUGAAUUUGCAUGUUCCACAAACUGAGGAAGCUCGUGCAGAGGCAAUAAAUUUAAUGGGUGUCAAAAAUAACCUUUUAACUCCAAAGUCAGGUGAGCCAAUCAUUGCAGCUACCCAAGAUUUUAUCACUGGUUCUUAUUUAAUAUCUCAUAAAGAUUCAUUCUUUGAUAGAUCUCAGUUAACUCAACUUCUAUCCAUGAUGUCAGAUGGUAAAUUACAAUUUGAUAUUCCACCCCCUUCCAUUAUGAAACCACAUUACUUAUGGACCGGUAAACAAGUGUUUUCUUUACUAAUCAAACCUAACAAAAAUUCUCCUGUGGUCAUCAACCUUGACGCUAAAAAUAAAGUGUAUAUACCACCUCCAAAGAAAAGUUAUCCAAAUGAAAUGUCCCAAAAUGACGGUUACGUUUUAAUUAGAGGUUCUAAAAUUCUUUCUGGUGUGAUGGACAAAUCUGUUCUUGGUGAUGGUAAGAAGCAUUCUGUAUUCUACACAAUCUUAAGAGACUAUGGACCUGAUGAAGCUGCACAAGCUAUGAAUAGAAUGGCCAAAUUAUGCGCAAGAUACUUAGGUAAUAGAGGUUUUUCUAUUGGUAUCAAUGAUGUCACUCCAGGUGCAGAUUUAAAAAACAAGAAGGAACAAAUGGUCGAAUAUGCUUAUAAAAAGUGUGACGAAUUAAUUGACUUGUUCAACAAGGGUAAGUUAGAAACUCAACCGGGUUGUAACGAAGAACAAACACUAGAAGCAAAAAUUGGUGGUCUUCUAUCUAAGGUUCGAGAAGAAGUGGGUGAGGUUUGUAUUAGGGAAUUGGAUAAUUUAAAUGCACCAUUGAUUAUGGCAACAUGUGGUUCUAAAGGUUCUACCUUAAAUGUUUCCCAGAUGGUUGCUGUUGUUGGGCAACAAAUUAUCUCAGGUAAUCGUGUUCCUGAUGGUUUCCAAGACCGUUCUUUACCUCAUUUCCCAAAGAACUCUAAAACUCCACAAUCUAAAGGUUUUGUGCGAAACUCUUUCUUUUCUGGGCUAUCACCCCCAGAAUUUUUGUUUCACGCAAUUUCUGGUCGUGAAGGUUUAGUUGAUACUGCUGUGAAAACCGCUGAAACUGGUUAUAUGUCUCGUAGAUUAAUGAAAUCUCUAGAAGAUUUAUCAUGUCAAUAUGAUAAUACUGUCAGAACUUCAUCAAAUGGUAUUGUUCAAUUCACUUAUGGUGGUGAUGGUCUCGAUCCGUUUGAUAUGGAAGGUAACGCACAACCAGUCAAUUUCAUCAGAUCGUGGACACAUGCCAAUAACAUAACUUUCAGUGAGGAUACAGUUGGUUUGCUACCAUAUCAAAUCAUAGAAGAAACUAAUAAAAUCUUAAAGCCUCUUGAAGCUAAGUUGAAAAGAUAUGAUAAUGUUGGUAAUGAACUUAAGAAUGAGGAUGCUAAUAGAGAUGAGUAUAUUGAUCAAUUUGAUGCAGAAAGAUCAUUCUAUCAAUCAUUACGUCAAUUCAUGACUGAGAAAGCAGAAUUUUUAGCCAAGUUAAGGAAGGAAAGAGGCAUGAAAGAACUUCUUGAUGAACCUGGCGAAGAACUAAAAGAUAUAAACUGGGAUGAAGGAGUUUCAUCGUCCGUCUUGAUAUCUUUGAAUCAACUCUGUAAAAUUUCAAAAUCAUUGGUAGAAUCUUUCUUAACUAUUGCAAUUUCCAAAUAUCAUAAAGCCAAGGUUGAACCGGGAACUGCUGUUGGUGCUAUUGGUGCGCAAUCCAUCGGUGAACCUGGUACUCAAAUGACAUUGAAAACUUUCCAUUUUGCUGGUGUCGCUUCUAUGAACGUUACACUUGGUGUGCCACGUAUUAAAGAAAUUAUCAAUGCUUCGAAAGUCAUCUCAACCCCUAUCAUCAAUGCCGUUCUAGUCAAUGAUAAUGAUGAAAGAGCUGCUAGAGUUGUUAAGGGUAGAGUUGAGAAAACUUUAUUAUCAGAUGUGGCAUAUUAUGUUCAAGAUAUAUACAAAGAUAAUAUGGCCUUUCUACAGAUAAAAAUUGAUCUAGAAACUAUCGAAAAACUUCAGCUUGAACUAACUCUUGAAGAUAUUGUUGUGGCUAUUGCAAAAGCUCCGAAGCUCAAAAUCAGCACAAAUGAUAUUUCAAUCAUUGGUAAGAAUCGGAUUAACAUUGCCGUAAGCUAUGAUGCAAAAUCUUUGAAAUCAAUCUCAACAUCAAUGAAGGAACCUGAACCAAAUGAGGUCUUUUAUAGAAUGCAACAACUUCGUAGAGCACUUCCCCAUAUUGUUGUUAAAGGUUUUGCUGACAUUGCUAGAGCAGUCAUUAAUAUUCGUGAUGACGGUAAAAGAGAGUUAUUGGUUGAAGGUUACGGUUUGAGAGAUGUCAUGACUACAGACGGUGUUGUUGGUUCCAAAACCAAAACAAACCAUAUUCUCGAAGUAAAUGAAGUUUUAGGUAUUGAAGCAGCCAGAUCAUGUAUUAUUAACGAAAUUGACUAUACGAUGAGUAAUCACGGUAUGAGUGUUGAUCCUCGUCAUAUUCAACUUCUCGGUGAUGUUAUGACUUACAAGGGUGAAGUUCUCGGUAUUACUAGAUUUGGUUUAGCGAAAAUGAGAGAUUCUGUUUUACAAUUGGCAUCUUUCGAAAAGACUACAGACCAUUUGUUCGAUGCAGCAUUCUAUAUGAAAAACGAUGCUGUUGAAGGUGUCUCAGAAUGUAUUAUUCUUGGACAAACAAUGUCUAUCGGUACUGGUUCCUUCAAGGUUAUUAAAAAUACUGUUUUAGGUGAAAAAGACCUUGAACCAAAACCAACACUCUUUGAAAGUCUAUGUGACACUCUUGUUAGGGCUAAUUAA